AGGGGUCGCGUUAGAAAUCUACAUCUACAAUCGUCGUCCGCGAAGCAUCGAUCCUUGACCAAGAACUUGUUAUCGGUUCGGAUGGCGGAAGAACGGGGAAGACCAGAUGCUCAGCUUUUUGAACUCCUAACGUCUCUUCUCCAAGAGGUAGAAUCAUUAAGCAACCAAGAGGAAGUUGAGCUAAGGGAGAAGAUAGAAGCACUGGGAAUAGAAGUAACUAAGGUGCCUCCAAAGCCUCCAAAUAAUCUCAAUGAGCUUGAGAUAGCAGCUGAGCUUGAUAGGUUAUCAGCCAAGCUAGAUGAUGUGGACAAAUUGAUAUCAUCGACAAUGGCUAAUGACCCUGAGGUUCGCUCGCUCCUUAGCAGCACGGCCGAUGUGUGGCUGCCGGUCAUCACUGCCACUGCCGAUCAAAGGCGAAGUUUUGCUGUAAUCAACAAUAAUGAUGAUCAGCAACAGCCGUGACUUGCUUAAGUAUGAAGCUGCUGAAAACCAGGGCCCUCUUGGUAAUGCUUUUGUUUGUUAAACAUGUCUGGUUAAAUUUUUGUUUAAUAGUUUGUUGAAUAAAAAAUUAUUGAUUCUGUGUGAAAAAAAAUCUGUUGUUGACUUGAUAUUGUUAUUUGUAAUUAGGUGUUUUAGUUGCAGUUUUGUGAUUGUGCAAGUAAUCUUUGUAUA